CUACUAGUCUAGCACAUACCGAGGAGGAGUAUCGAAGCAUUUUUACUAGUUGUAAGUUGCAAAUGCAAAUGCCAAGCAGACAGUAGCAGCAACGUUGCAUUAGGAAGCCGAAGCUUUUUGUUUCUUUAAACAAGGGAAUACUCUGUUGAGGAUUCUACAUUGUCCAUAGUUUUGCUAGUUGGUAAUGAUGAAAUAAAUGAGUAUGCUUUAUUCUAGCUUAAAAGGACAUUGUUCAUCCAUAAUCAGCUUCUACAGAGCCAGAAGUGUAGAAUAGAUGAUAGGAUUUUAGUUUGAUAGGUUCAAUAGACGAAUAUUUAGGUGUUUGAAACAAGAAAUGGAAGGAAACUUAUCACAAGGAAGUAUGAUUCCUGGGGUUGCCCCAUUUGGAGGCCUCGACUUGCAAGGAUCAAUGAGAGUUCAUCAUCAAGCACAGCACCAGCAUGCCUUACACCAUCAACAGCAUCCUCUUCAUCGGCAAGGGUCCUCUGCACAUAGCUCAAUUCAGGAGGGUUUUCCACUUACAAUGGGAACUUUGCACAACUCUGAUCAAAACAUUUCCGUGUCUGAUUACAAUAAGGGAGAUAAGGGAAAAAAUUCUGCAAGCGACGAGGAUGAGCCAAGCUAUACUGAAGAUGGUGCUGAUGGUCACAAUGAUGCAAGUAGAGGGAAAAAGGGGUCACCAUGGCAGCGUGUUAAAUGGACUGAUAAAAUGGUGAGGCUUUUGAUAACUGCCGUAUCUUACAUUGGAGAGGAUGUGACUUCGGAUUGUGGUGGUGGCAUGAGAAGGAAAUUUGCUGUUUUACAGAAAAAAGGCAAGUGGAAAUCAGUUUCAAAAGUCAUGGCUGAAAGGGGUCACCAUGUUUCACCCCAGCAGUGUGAGGAUAAGUUCAAUGACCUUAACAAAAGGUAUAAAAAGCUCAACGACAUGCUUGGAAGGGGCACUUCUUGCCAGGUUGUGGAGAACCCAGCACUUUUGGAAUAUAUAGAUUUAUCCGAAAAAGAGAAAGAGGAUGUUAGGAAAAUAUUGAGCUCAAAGCAUCUUUUCUAUGAAGAGAUGUGUUCAUACCAUAAUGCAAACAGAUUGCAUCUGCCUCAUGAUCCAGCAUUACAGCGUUCCUUACAGUUGGCUCUAAGAAGUAAAGAUGAUCAUGAUAGUGAUGAUUUAAGAAGGCACCAACAUGAUGAUCUUGAUGAAGAUGAUCAAGAAGCAGAAACUGAUGAUCAUGAUGAAUUUGAGGAGAAUCACCCUUCACGGGGGGAUAGUAAGGGAUUUUAUGGGGCCUUGGGGGGUUCCAUGAAAAGGCUGAGACCAGGCCUGGGCCAUGAAGAUGCUUGUUUUGGGAAUUCAUCGCAGGACGGUAAUAAAGGUUCAUAUUCUCAUGUGCAGAUUCCCCAAGUUGAUAUGAAUCAAAUCUCACCUGAAAGUUCAAGAGCAGCUUGGUUACAGAAGCAAUGGAUGGAAUCUCGCUCACUUCAGUUAGAAGAGCAAAAGGUACAAAUUCAACUUGAGAUGUUAGAGCUAGAAAAACAGCGAUUCAAGUGGAAAAGAUUUAGCAGGAAAAGAGAUCACGAAUUAGAAAAGUUGAGGAUGGAAAAUGAGAGGAUGAAGCUAGAGAAUGAACGAAUGGCAUUGGAGUUGAAGCGCAAAGAAAUGGGUCUUGAUUUUAAUUAAUUUUCUGGUCCUGCUUGAUAUUGUUCAUCACAACAGCUAGAGUUGCAUGUAGCUCUGCUUUCUGUUUUGGUAAGCUGCUGUUGCCUAUAACUGCAAUUCACUCAGGAGAACUUUUGUUGGAAAUGCUAUUCUACCUGCAUAUAGUCUGUAAACUUGGCAUAUUGCCAAUAUCUUUAGCUAAUUACAUUGUUUCUGCUUUAGUGAAAUGGUAUUGCCUAUGGUUGAAGAUAUUGCGACAAGAAUCUUUUUUCAUUUAUCAUGUAUUUGUCCUUUUUUUUCCUUCUUUCCUCUUUUUUAUACUGUGUAUUUGAAUUUAUAAUUGAAAUAUUUAGUAGCAACUUGAAAGUUUAACUACA